CUUUACUGCCAACAUAUUUACUCUGGUGAUUCCGCUUCCAACAAUUAUGGUCGAUUACAUCCCGAUAGAAUUAGAAAUAGGGGCCAUAUACAUAUAUAUUUACCUAGAGGGAGAAAGUAAGAGAGGCCAUAAUUAUAUAUACAUAUAUAUAUAUGGCCUACAUAUAUACACACCAUAUGUAUACCAAAAGUUGAAAAGCCAAGUUAGGUCGGUCUCACAAGAAGCCGCUUCUUCUUCUUCUUCUUAAAGAGAUCAGAAAUAUAUAUAUAUAUAUAUAGAGAGAGAGAGAGAGAAAGAAUGGGUCGAAGGAAGCUGGAAAUGAAACGGAUCGAAGACAAGAGCAGCAGGCAAGUCACGUUUUCGAAACGCAGAUCAGGUUUGUUUAAAAAAGCUCACCAUCUUUCCAUUCUCUGCGACGUUGAUAUCGCCGUCUUCGUCAUCUCCGCCCACGGCAAGCUCUACGAGUUCUCCAGCGACGGCACCGGUUGUUCUAAUAAUAGUGUGGAGCACAUAUUCUCUAGGUAUCAGAAAAGCCUCCUUCAAACUAAGGAGAGUACAAGCAAAUCAGUUGCCAAUGAUUUACAAUUCUUGUUGCAGUGUAAAAGAUUCCGACCAUGUAAAGAGCUUCUACAAACAGUAGACAGGCUUGUUGAGGAAAAUAAUACUGAGGAGCUCUCGGUGACUGACAUGACGCAACUAGAAAUAGAACUUGAUGAUGCUCUUGUCCAAACAAGACUGAGAAAGACGCAGUUGAUGACGGAGUACCUAUCAACCCUCCAAGAAGAGCAAAGAAAGUUAAGAGAAGGAAACGAAGAAAUGAUGAAGCAAGUUGCAUCAGCAAAGCAGAAUGGACCAGCAGCAGUAGUAUCAGAUGGUGGUGGAGGUGUAAACGACCUUGCAACUAACCAGAUGAAUUCACCACAACUUGUUCCUACUCUUCUUCUUUUUGAUGGCUAGAUCUGUCUGUUUCCAACAAAAACACAAUCUGGAUGAUCAAUAUUUUUAAUUAUAUAUUACAUAUAAAUAUCAUUUAUAUUAACUAAUACACAAAUUGUGCUAAUGAUGUAGUACUUACAUUUGAACUUUUGAAGUUGAUUAUAUAGUUAUGAAUAUGAAUAUGAUGUAGCACUACAGCUCAUCUGCUUAGUGUUUAAUACA